CCAUCAUCUGCUUAGGUAGCUUAGCUAGGGUUCGGUUCGACAACAUCACUUGAUCACACUGCAAUUCUAGCUUGGGGCACUUCAUUAAGUUCUUAGCUAGCUCAGCGAUCAUGGACGGCGGCGGCGAGCAGACCAAGUACCGCGGCGUGCGCCGCCGCACCUGGGGCAAGUUCGCGGCGGAGAUCCGCGACUCGAGCCGCCACGGCGUCCGCGUGUGGCUCGGCACCUUCGACACCGCCGAGGAGGCCGCCGCCGCGUACGACCGCUCCGCCUACUCCAUGCGCGGCAGGAACGCCGUCCUCAAUUUCCCCGACCAGGCGCACGUCUACGAGGCCGAGGCCCGGCGCGGCGGCGGUGCUUCGUCCUCGACGGCGACGAGGCAGAGCCAGCAACGGCAGGUGAUCGAGUUCGAGUACCUGGACGAUGACGUGCUGCAGGAGAUGCUCAACGACCACGACAGAUCCAGCAGGAAUAACUAGACAGAUCGAUGCAUGCGUGCAUGCGUGCGAAUGCAGCGUAUAUGCAUUCCGAUGAUCCGAUCCAUUACUAGGUACGUAUAUUGGUGUGUGUACGAGAGCUGCCAUGCAUGCCGAUCCUUCAAGCUAGCUAGAUCG